AGUAAUUAUCUUAUUCCUCACAUGGUCGGUCCACUAUCUCACGUAAGCUGAUCCCACUAACCACUACGAAAAUACCAGUCUAUCUUAUCGCAAAAAGAAAUUAAGUCAAGAAAAAGCGAGAAAAGACAGAAGACCGCCGAUGGGUGCAACCACUGUAAUCGCCGAUUCAGAAUCCACCGCAUCUCUACUACCUCCUUCCUCUAAUCCCAAAAUUCCAAAGGACACAUUCCACAUAGCCUAUAUCAUUUACUUCACUCUCGGUACCGGUUACCUUCUCCCAUGGAACGCAUUCAUCACCGCCGUCGAUUACUUCUCUUACCUUUACCCAGACGUAAUGGUCGACCGUAUCUUCGCCAUUGUUUACAUGAUCAUCGGCUUCAUUUGCUUGCUCUUCAUUGUCGCUUUUGCUAAUAAAACCAGUUCUUUUGUGCGGAUUAAUGUCGGCAUGUUUCUGUUUGUUGUCGCUCUUGUGACGGUGCCGUUGAUGGAUGUGUUUUAUGUUAAGGGGAGUAUUGGAGUGUAUAGUGGGUUUUAUGUGACGGUCGGAUUGGUCGGACUUUGCGGGAUUGCUGAUGCGUUGGUUCAAGGUGGAGUCAUUGGGGCAGCCGGUGAGUUGCCGGACAGGUACAUGCAGGCUACCGUCGCCGGAACUGCUGCUUCCGGUGUCCUAGUUUCAUUGCUGAGAAUUUUAACCAAAGCUGUAUAUCCACAAGAUGCUCAAGGGCUGAGAAGGAGCGCUAACCUUUAUUUCAUUUUCAGCAUUGCUGUGAUGAUUUUGUGCAUAGUCUUUUACAAUGUGGCACAUAGACUUCCAGUAAUUAAAUACUACAAUGAUCUCAAAAUUCAGGCUGUGAAUGAGGAGAAAGAGGAUAAGGGUGACUUAACUCCGGAAUUAUGGCGAUCAACUUUGGACAUUGUUGGGACAGUAAAAUGGUAUGGGUUUGGCAUCCUCAGCAUUUAUGUGGUCACUUUGUGCAUAUUUCCAGGAUAUGUCACAGAAGACGUGCAUUCUCAACUUCUGAAGGAUUGGUAUCCGAUCAUGCUGAUUACUGGCUACAAUGUGUUUGAUCUGGUUGGGAAGUCUCUGACUCCUAUAUUAUUUCUUGAUAAUGCAAAGGUUGCUAUUAGUGCCUGCUUUGCAAGGCUGUUGUUUUUGCCUCUAUUCUAUGGUUGCUUACAUGGGCCUAAAUUCUUUAGGACGGAGUUUCCUGUGACAAUACUAACCUGUCUACUGGGAUUAACUAAUGGCUACCUGACUAGUUUGCUAAUGAUCUUGGGUCCAAAAACUGUCCAACUGCAAAAAGCAGAGAUAGCUGGGACCGUACUUGUAUUGUUCUUAGUGAUGGGUCUGGCAAUUGGAUCUGUUGUAUCAUGGUUCUGGGUUAUAUAGUUUAUCAGCAGCUUGUAAGAUAUUGGUUCCCCUCAACCAAUUGUCAUUGCAAAAGUUUCAAACUUCUCUAAAUGUGUAUCCUGACAUGUUGUAACUUUAAAUGUUGAAUUGCAUUUUUAAUGUAUAUCUUUGGAAAUUACAUAUUUCUGCUGAUAA